CGUCCGCAGUGCGACGAGCGCGUCGAAUCUUCGGACCCGGGGAACCUUCUCGGUUCGGUUAGGACAGGUGCGGCGAGGGCGAGCUUGGCGAACAACGCGAGAUCAUUUCAGGGUCCGGCAGGAUGCGGUAUUCGGCCCUCUGCGUUCUACUGCUGGCGAUCAGCGAGCCUCUUUUCAUUCACGCAAAAGUGCUGGUAGUCGUACCUGUUCGAAAGACACGACGAAGUCCAGCAUGGCGACCACCUUACAAAAAAUAUUACGCAAGUAAUUACGGAAGUAACGAUUAUCGUUACCCGCCCUAUAGUAAUCCUUACUAUAACAAAAAGCCAUUCUCACCAUAUCCCCCGAGUGACAACUUUGAUCAAGGUUAUGAAUCUGUGAAUCAUGUACAUCUACCGUUAGGUAAAGACGCCAGUCACACCACUUUUGGCAAACCAUAUAUCCCGUAUAAUGUCAAGGGCAGCAAUUUACCAUUUAUGCAUGAAAGGUACGCCGGCGCUUACACGCGCCAACCGAGCUAUCCGCCGACCGGUAUCGCGUCGGUAGGUCAGGAUUACGCGGCCGCUGCUUCGGCGCAUUCCUACGAAAGUCCGCAAGUGGACUCGUACUUCUCCGACAUGGACAAUGCCGCCAGAGAGAUGCAUGAGAAUUUAAAAGACAGCGCGAGCAAAUACUACAGCGCGCGUUCCAUCGAGAAGGAUCUCAGCCUGAGGAAUCAGCAGGCCCUCAGCACCGUCAUAAACAAGGACGCGAUAAUCAAGAGCGCCGAGAUGCUCACCAAGGACACCUCACCGACCCCAUACACCCACGUGACCACGUCCGUGGGCGGUGCCCAGGGUGCCGUUAUACUGCCGGCCGGUAUCCCGUCGGCCACCAUCGGCGGGAACAAGAACGGGAUCGUCCUGCGAGACACCGUGUCCCUGGACGAGUACCAGAAGAAGUUGGAGGAGCUCACCAAGACCUGGCCGAGCGUGUUGACCGAUCAGACGCCCAGCUUCGCGGCGAGCACCGGACUGCCGACGUAUCACCAGCAGCUGCAGGUCGGCGGCUUUUCGACCGCCGGUCUGCCAGGUUCCGCGACCUUCGCCGGCCCGACCGAUUGGUUCGCCAGCUUCGCUCAGCCGAAGCAAGGCUACGCGGUGCGCGAGGACCACGGGGACCAGACGACCCACGACUUCAGGACGAUGCCGAUUCACGCCGCGUAUCAGCAGCAGCUGCCCUUUGGAGCGAAUGUAAAUCUGCCCCUGGGAGCGGGAUUCACCAGGAGUGUUCACGGAUAGGGCAAUUUAGAUGGAAUUCUACGUCAUCCAAAUUUUCAAACCAUUUCGAGUUCGAGAUAUCGAGAGAUCUGAACUUGCGGGAAAUUUCAAAUCCCUGGUACGCUCGAGUACAGAUGCGGUGUGACUUUAGAAUCUUUUUCAAAUCUUAUUUGCUGUCUUGAUAUUCUCGGAUUAAUUGUCAUUCAUUCCCUCGUGUUUUUGCAUCAAGAUUGAUCGAUCGAUUAACGAUGUAUUAAUCAUACGAAAAUUUUAUUCUGAAGCCUUUCCAUCUGUUCAGAGAAUAUAACGUAUAUAUAAAAUAGAAAUUGAUGACAUCAAACAAUUGUCAAAUUAUU